UCUCAUAACAAGUUUAGUUUUCAUAAGGACAAUAAUUUUCUAUUAAGCAUUGAAAGAAUAAAAUAAACAUGGGGAUUAAACUUAUGAUCACCACUGUUUUUCUGUGUAUAACAGUGAUUUCUACAUCUCCUGUGUGGAAUAGAAGCUUAGAAAUAAGGCUUCAAUCAGUUGAGAAUCAUACUGACAACAUCCACUCUCAGAUUUCAUAUCUCAAGGAGAAUGAUGAAGAUAUUUUGACAAGACUAGAAAUGAAUACUAAUCAAAUAAACAUUUUAAGUAAUGCUCAAGCUACAAAUCUGAAGUACUACCGUGAAACAUCAAACAAAUCUAUGAAAAAACUGGACAGUUUAACACAGAAGUAUGACAGCUUGUUGGAAAAAUAUGAGACAUUGGAAAACAAGAUCAGCAAACUAAAUCAAUGUCCACCUGGCUGGUUCCCUUAUAUGAACUCCUGUUACAUAUUGAAGAAAGAAGCAGUAGAUUGGUUCCAAGCUCGAAAGUGGUGUAGAAAUAACCAAGCAAAACUUGUGGAGUACAGUGACAUGGAUGAAGUAACCUUUGUUUUAUCAACAGCUAGAUCUUAUCAUUACUGGGGUACUAGUGCUUGGGCUGGAUUCUGGGUAGGAGCUAAUGACCUACAGCAUGAGGGAGUUUUCAAAUGGAGUUCAAGUAACAUCAACUUACACUGGAGGUACUGGUUACCAGGGCAACCAGACAGUAUUUCUGUUGAUGAAGACUGCAUAAUGACACUGGUGAAUAAUAAAGGCAAAUGGAAUGAUGCACCAUGUGAAUUAAAACUUAACUUUGUGUGUGAAAAGUAAGGAUGUACACAAAUAUUUGUACAUUUAUGAGGGCUGUCCCAAUAAGUCAUGGACAACAGCAUUUCAAUACAAAAUACUUAACAGGCUUGUUGAAGAUUUUUACCAGUAUUUAAGAAGCCAUUGUUUGGGUGGCAUCAGUUGUAUGUUCAAGCAAGGCAGAAAUGUAAUGAUGUAACAGGCAGAUUUUUUAAUGUCAUUGAACGUUUAUCUUGUUCUAAAGACAAUGAUGCUAUCAAGGUUGUAAAAUGGUGACUUGGCAUUGAACGCAUAGGCACACCUCUAUUCUUUAUAAAUGCUUUAAUAUUUUUUGUUUAUGUAUAUUUAUAAGAAAUUAUGUUUCUUAAUUCAUUUUAAAUUGAUGGAGAUACCUGUACACUUGGCAAAGUUAUUUUAAGCUUAGGUGUUAAUUUUUUCUUUAACAGUGAUUGUCCAUGACUUUAUACGACAGCCCUUGUAUAAACCAGUAUUUGAAUGAAACUUUAAAUCUUUGUGUGUGAAAAUUAUGAGUGUAAAUAAAUAUUUUAACAAACAACAUACUGAAAGCUUGAUGUUAAACAGUUGUUACUCAUAUCAAAUAAAAAUGUAGAUGCAAUCAUUUUGCACCAA